AUGCGCAAUGCAGGUGGAGAUGUAGCUAAAGAAUAUUUGAAGAGCACAUGGACACCGCUGAACGAUGCGGCUCUAAAUUCUCAGUUCAGCAAGUGGACUGAUCGUCAGAGAAAACAAGUCCUUUUGGACAUACUUCCGCUCUGCACGACAAAGCAAAUGGAAUUCCUUGAAAAUGCUGUCCGGGACAAAAUCCCGAAACACAGUAUUGACUUUACCAGAGUCCUACCAAGAGUUUUGAAUUUUUAUAUAUUUUCGUUUCUGGAUCCAAGAAGCCUCUGUCGGUGUUCCCAGGUAUGCUGGUACUGGAAAUACCUGACCGAGGCAAAUGAGCUCUGGGCGCCCAAGUGCAUCCGUCGCGGUUGGAAUUUACUGGGAACCAAGAACAUUUCACAACCGGGAAUAUGGAAGAUGCACUAUGUGGAAAAAAUGAUCCAUUUGAAGGCUUCGUGGCCAAUCAAGGCGGCUGCACUGGAAAUCAUGGAUCAGCUGGACAAAGUCGAACGGGAAGCCAGGGAACAGCUGGACAGUCGUAGUAAAAAAGCAAAGACUGAAAUAUUGCCCAGGCGCUUCACCCCACAAAAGGAUAGAAACGAGCCAGAUCCGGGGUCAUCCAGAAAACCUGUACCUUGGCGAGGCCCGGACAAGCGACCAAAAGAUACCAGGCGACUGAAUUACUUCGACAAUAUAGAAGGAACCCAGGAUCCUUCAAGGAAGCAGUCAGGCCAGGUGAAAGUGAUCAGAAGUGACAGAGGAAAACCACAAGAUUCGCCAGAAUGGAAACCAUAUAGCGAAUCAACCAAUCCGGUCUCCGACUCUGUGAAACCCUCAUCUGUCAAUGUGUUGCGAGUAAAUCCAAUGAUAUCUGGACCUCGCGAACCCUGGAGGCCGAACUCAAAAUAUCCGAAACGACAGACGCAAAUAGUAACUGAGGCUCACAGAAGGCAGUCUGGAAACGCAUGUCGGAGCACGCCAAUCUAUUCCCGAACAGCCCCAACUACGCCGCUAUUGAAGGAGAGCGCACAGGAUGAAUUGAACCCAUGCUGUGAAACGGCAAUGAUCGGUGUCGCUGUUAUCGGUUCAGUUGAGGACUUACCUCUACCUCCAACCUAUUCUAAGCAACAAAUGUUACAAAAGCCUCGGGUGACUCACAUGAUCGAGCCGAUUGACGAUGUCAAACUUUUGUCGCCUCCGCCAAGACGUGCAUCAGUCAGCACCGUUGAAGAUUUACCUCUCCCUCCGACCUAUUCUAAGCAACAAAUGUUACAAAAGCCUCGGGUGGCUCACAUGAUCGAGCCGAUUGACGAUAUCAAACUUUUGUCGCCUCCGCCAAGACGUGCAUCAGUCAGCACCGUUGAAGUACAUCCAGGCGUACAGGGGACUGUGGGAUUCCAAAAUAUGUUGCCUACUCAAAAGUCGGUUGGAAUUCGCAGCCCGACAACCUUUAAAGGCUGA